AUGUCAGCGGGAGGCGGCGGGCAGCGCGACGCUGGGACCGCGGGCGGGCGGCGCAGCAAAUGGGAUCAGCCCGGCCCGGCCCCCGCCUUCCUUCUCUCUGGCGCGGCUCCGCUGCCCGGCCGGCCUUUCCCCGGCGGCGGAGAUGGCGGCACCGCCGUGGGGGUCUCCGAGAGCUCCGCGGCUCCGUCGGGGGCUCUGGAUGCGGCCGCGGCUGUGGCAGCGAAGAUCAACGCGAUGUUAAUGGCCAAAGGGAAGCUGAAGCCGGCGCCUAACGCGGCGGAUAAGCUGCAGGCUCUGGGGAAAGGCCCGGCCACAAAUAAAAGCAAAGAUGACCUCGUGGUGGCAGAGGUGGAAAUCAACGACGUGCCCCUCACAUGCAGAAACCUCCUGACGAGGGGGCAGACGCAGGAUGAGAUAAGUCGACUGAGUGGAGCUGCUGUCUCUACUCGAGGGCGGUUCAUGACUGCAGAGGAGAAAGCAAAAGUGGGACCUGGAGAUCGCCCUCUGUAUCUUCAUGUCCAGGGUCAGACAAGGGAGCUGGUUGACAGAGCUGUUAAUCGUAUUAAGGAGAUAAUUACUAAUGGAGUAGUGAAGGCUGCCACAGGUUCCAGUCCAACAUUCAAUGGAGCUACAGUGACUGUGUACCACCAGCCAGCCCCCAUCGCUCAGAUGUCUCCAGCAGUUGGUCAGAAGCCUCCAUUCCAGUCAGGGAUGCAUUACGUUCAGGACAAAUUAUUUGUCGGUCUGGAGCAUGCUGUACCUACAUUUAAUGUGAAGGAGAAGGUGGAAGGGCCCGGCUGCUCCUAUCUGCAGCACAUUCAGAUUGAAACAGGUGCCAAAGUCUUCCUUCGUGGAAAAGGCUCGGGUUGCAUCGAGCCAGCAUCAGGCAGAGAAGCUUUUGAACCCAUGUACAUCUACAUCAGUCACCCAAAGCCAGAAGGUUUGGCAGCUGCUAAAAAGCUGUGUGAAAAUCUGUUGCAAACCGUCCAUGCUGAAUACUCCCGGUUUGUGAAUCAGAUAACGACAGCUGUACCUUUGGCAGGCUUUGCACAGCCUGCUGCUAUCAACAGCGUUCCUUCUCAGCCAUCAUAUUACCCUUCCAAUGGAUAUCAGUCUGGUUAUCCUGUCGUUCCCCCUCCCCAGCAACCGGUUCAGCCUCCAUAUGCUGUUCCAGGCAUAGUUCCACCCGCAGUGCCAAUGGCCCCAGGCGUCCUCACAACGCUUCCUGCAGGAGUUCCACCUGUGCCGACGCAGUAUCCAAUAUCUCAAGUUCAGCCUCCAGCCAGCACUGGGCAGAGUCCACUGAGCGCUCCUUUCCUUCCUGCUGCUGCCCCGGUCAAAACAAGCCUGCCAGCUGGUACGCAGCCACAAGUCCAGGCCCAUCCCCAAGGCCAAAAGAGGCGUUUCACCGAGGAGCUGCCCGAUGAGAGGGAGUCAGGACUGCUGGGAUAUCAGCAUGGACCCAUUCAUAUGACUAAUUUAGGUACAGGCUUCUCCAGUCAGAGCGAAAUCGAUGGAGCCGGGUCGAAGUCAGCAAGUUCCUCAGGAAAGGAGAGAGAGAGGGACAGGCAGUUGAUGCCUCCACCAGCUUUUCCUGUCACUGGGAUGAAAUCAGAAUCUGAAGAAAGAAAUGGUGUGGGGUCUUUACCAGGCAGCCAUGAUCAUCAAGCAAAGAAGAUGAAAACAUCCGAGAAGGGCUUUGGAUUGGUGGCAUAUGCUGGAGAUUCAUCAGAUGAAGAGGAGGAACACGGUGGCCAUAAAAAUGCAAGUACUUUUUCACAGGGGUGGAGUUUGGGAUACCAGUAUCCUUCCUCACAACAGCGAGCCAAACAACAGAUGCCAUUUUGGAUGGCACCGUAAAAGCUACAGAACUGUCUUCAUUCAUCUCUUUAUUAUUAUUUUUUUUCCUCUAGCAAUAAUGCAUGUAUAUUACAAAAAGAACUUUGCAAAUAUGCAUUGUUUUUACAUUUGCAGAAGCUAAAGGUUCAGUAUUCCGCCUUGAAAGGGCUCCAUUAUUUUUAAACUCUUUAUUUCUGCAGUGAAUUUGUCAUCUAUGAAAACCAUUUGAAAUAGCAUUUGGACAGGGCCGGUCCCUCACAGCGUGGGGGAGGUUCUGGAAAGAGAAACCUGUCCUCUGUUUCCCUUUAAAAACAAAAAAGGAAGCUGUCAGCCACGCUGACUUCACCACCCAUCUGGUGUUGUAUUUUAUUCAGUGCUUCUGCUGUCAGCCCGUGCUCACGGUCCCGUUAAUGGUGACUGUGUGGAUGCAAUGUUUGGACUUUCAACAAAGGAAAGCAGCGUCCGAUAGUUCACAGAAAUUUGCUGGGUUGCGUUUCUUGAAGUUGAUAAUUUUGCUUUUACUUUAAGCAUCUCCUGUUGUAACUCCACGUUGUGUUUUCUUUGCAAUGUGGUUUCUCUAACCCCAUGACUUCUGGUUCCAGCCAAGUGCUUGGGGGGGGGGGGUUGUUUUGUCCUUUGUGGGUUCAUCCUGCUGCUGCCCCCGGCUGCCAGCUGCCCCCCCACCUCCAGCAAUCCCUGCCUCCUUCAUUCUGCUCAGCAGUUCGUAUGGGACCUGCAGGUUCUCCAAGCUUCUCCCACUCUCUUAACUCACUUUGAUUCCACCCCGUUCUGUUUCACGGUGCUCGACAAAGGAGGAGAGGCACAGAGCCGUGCCUGCAGGCGCCGCUCCCGCUGUGAAGCACGGGGAGCGGAGUGUGAAUAUCUUUAUGGACACAAAGCACGACGUGGCGGUGGUGGCAGGGCAGGGUGCUGCACAGCUGCUGGGCUGUGGGACGCCAUCAGCUCCCGGAGCAGCACUGGUAGCUCCCUGGCGCUGGGAGUGGCUGGCACCUUUGUACAAACAUUGACUUUCCUACGUCUUGUAAAUACUUGAGACCCGUGCUUUCGUUAUAAAUAAAUGUAUAAAUGCUGUA